GGCUACUUUGAAAAGAUUUCGUUUUUCUAAAAAACUUUAUUCUUAUUUCUGGUAAUUCACGGAAUGAACGAUUUCACAGCUUUAGUUUUCAGCAAGGAGAAUUAAUGUAAAUAUUGGUUUUUUUGUUUAGUGUGAGAAUUUUGCAGAGCCUUAAAGAAAAAUCAAAAGUGACUGAAAACGUGCACAGUUUUAAUGUAAAAAAUAGAAUUUUAGAAAUAUGCGCACGCAGCUUCAACUUGUUGGCUUUCUUAUAUAUCAAAAACUGUCUGAAUAUCUAAAUAAAUAUAAAUUAUUUCAUCUAAAUACACAACUCUUAGACAUUUAGUUUCUAUC